UGCGAUGAAAGCAUGUCCACCCUGGACAGCGGCGCGACCUAUCGUGGCUGCCAGACCCGGACCAUCACGGGAAGGCUGUGCCAGAAGUGGACGGCGCAGUCUCCGCACACGCACGGCACUGAUCUUGAUGGCGACGGAGGACUCGGAGACCACAACUUCUGCCGCAACCCGAAUGGGUACACGAGCAUCUGUAUCAACUGCAAAAAUAAAUGUCUGGGUCGGGAAGAUUGCAACUUGUCAUUCUGUUUUUGGAAUCCAAAAAAAAUUCUAUUGCGUGACCAGCAAAAGGGGGACAGUUCGUUGUUGCUACACGGACACGGCAUUUCUCAUGCGGAAGGUGUAUAAGGUUCAGGAAGCGCUCUAAAAGUCUGCGAUGCUAGGUCAAGCAUUACAGGCAUCAUGGGUCAUGAUAAACAUGCAUGACAAGUCUUGCAUUCUUCCAGACCCAGACAUUUUUGCAUUUGAUAAUCUGGUGCAUUACUACGGACCCGGGAACGGUGUUGGAGGCUUGUGUGCCGCUAGGGCGGUCGACGCGC